CUAUGAAGGAAAUUGUUGAAUUUGUUGAGUGCAACUCAAGCUAUGUUUUUUUUUUCAAGUAACUAUUUGUAGAUCUAUUGAGUAAAUAUUUGAUAAAUUAUCAAACUAAAGUAACAUAUUUGGUUGUAGACCCAUUGAGUGAACAUUUGAUAUAUUAUGAAACUAAUGUUUUUUUUUUGUCCAAGUAGCAAAUUUGCAAUUAGGUGUAUUGAGUGAGCACUUAAUGAAUUACCACAAGUAUGGUGCUAAUUCAACGUUUUAUUUUUACUUCUACUCAGGCGGGGAGCUGUAUUAUUGCCGCCAAAAAGGCACAGACCAGGCAGUCCAAGUGAAGGUUGUCUGUGGUGCUGAAGAGGCAAAUGAAAUUUUUAAGAGUUUUCAUGCCAGCCCGGCAGGGGCACACACCGGGCAAAAUAAAACAAGACACAGCAUCUCUCUGAGAUAUUACUGGCCAGCGAUGUCUGUUGACAUUAAUGAGUGGGUGUCCCAGUGCACCGAAUGUCAGGCAGCCGGCAUAUCAAUAAAAAGCCCUACAGAGGUCAUGCCUAUACAGGUCAGUUAAUCCAAAUAACGUUCUCUAUUUUGACCCAAGGUCUAUAUAGUAUUUUGUAUGUGGCAUACUUUAUACAACUAUUGUUCUCAGCAACAUCAGUUUAACACAAUUAGUUUUUAUAAAUAUUUAUUUAUUAGGUGUCUCAGCCAUUCGUACUCUUGGGGAUGGACCUCAUUGGCAAACUGGCUCAGACAAAAGAUGGAUACCAAUAUAUUUGCGUGAUGGUCGAUUAUUUCACGAAAUGGCCUCAAGCCUAUCCACUGAGGUCGAAGUCUGCUGCUGAUGUUACCGCCUGUAUCCUAAAAUUCGUCUACCAAUUUGAGUCGCCAAAAAGGAUCUUGACAGAUCAAGGCAAAGAAUUUGUCAAUGCAAUCAACAAGAGAGUAUGUGAAAUGCUUGACAUAAAAAGAAGCCUUUGCUCACCAUACCACCCUCAAACUAAUGGGUUGGUGGGAAAAUUAAAUGGGACAAUUCAAAGAGCUCUGAGCAAAGUGGUUUGUCAGCAUCCAGAAAGCUGGGAUGAAUAUUUGGAUGCAGUUAUGUUUGGUCUGCGGACCAAAAAACAAAUGACGACAAACUACUCGCCUUACUUUCUAAUGUUCGGCAGAGAGGCACGCUACCCCAUUCAAGUGCCAGAACACUACGAGGUUGAUGGCACUGUGGAGGAUGUGGUGGGGAUGGAAGUUAUGGCACAAGACCAUAACGAACAAGACCAACUAUUUGAGCAAGUUAGAGAGCACAUUAGAAAAGCGCAGGAAAAAACAAGGCACCCAAAAACAACCUCAGGGACCACACCAACUGUACACAUCGGAGAUCUUGUUCUAAGACAAAAUAUCAGGUCUCAACAAAGAAAGGGAGGAAAAUUGAGCCCCAAUUUUUUGGGGCCAUACAAAAUUGUGGCGAUUGAGGGCAAGACAGCUGACCUCCAGGAUGAGAAUGGCGCCUUGGUCCCCAAAAUAAACAUUGACCACCUAAAACCAUACAAAGAAAAUAAACAAAGAGUGCCUCAUAGGUAUGAAAACAAAAAAGGAGCAUCCUCCUGGAUGACACAGUCACCAUCCCCACCAGCCUCAGCUCCUCCAGCCUCUGCUCCUCCAGCCACUGCUCCUCCAGCCAUAGCUCCUCCAACCACCGCUCCCUCUUCCACUGCUCCACCAGCCGCAGCUCCUCCAAGCACCGCUGCCACUGCUCCUCCAGCCUCAGCUCCUCCAGCCAUUGCCCCCUCUGCCACUGCUCCUCCAGCCUCAGCUCCUCCAACCACCGCUCCCUCUCCCACUGCUCCACCAGCCGCAGCUCCUCCAACCACCGCUCCCUCUCCCACUGCUCCACCAGCCGCAGCUCCUCCAAGCACCGCUCCCACUGCCACUGCUCCUCUAGCCUCAGCUCCUCCAGCCAUUGCCCCCUCUGCCACUGCUCCUCCAGCCUCAGCUCCUCCAACCACCGCUCCCUCUCCCACUGCUCCACCAGCCGCAGCUCCUCCAACCACCGCUCCCUCUCCCGCUGCUCCACCAGCCGCAGCUCCUCCAACCACCGCUCCCUCUCCCACUGCUCCACCAGCCGCAGCUCCUCCAACCACCACUCCCUCUCCCACUGCUCCACCAGCCGCAUCUCCUCCAAGCACCGCGCCCACUGCCACUGCUCCUCCAGCCUCAGCUCCUCCAAGCACCGCUCCCACUGCCACUGCUCCUCCAGCCUCAGCUCCUCCAGCCACUGCCCCCUCUGCCACUGCUCCUUCAGCCACAGAUCCUCCAGCCACGGCUCCCUUUUCCCCUGCUCUUAAUACCGCAACACCACCACAACUGUCUUUGACUUUUAGACAAACGAGGGAAAAUGUGGACAAAUACGUUCAAGAUGCCUGGAAGGGAAAGCACGUCCAUGUUCUCCUAUCAAAAAUCGGGGCGUACAAAUUGUUCUUUUGGGACAUUAUGAACGUUAGACCCAAUUCUGAGCUGGAAUCGGAGGUAAAAUUAUGUUUUCAUAUCUGA